AUUUUAAACCGACCAAGCAGUGAUGAGGUGAGAACCAUCCAUAUGAGAGACAGGAUGUUUCUCCUCGCCGCUGCAGCCGCCACCCAGUCUGUCGUGCAGUUCAUGACCGCUGCUGGCUGGAUCAUUAGAGAGGAGCAAAAGACGCUGAUGUUCCCUCGGUCUAAUGACGACCUUCUAGAGCCAACCAUCACAUCAAUCGACGCAUGUCUGAGGACCAUACCUGGCGGGUACAUUGACGUCACCCGGCUGGAGGACCACCUCGGAGGUCUGACAGAUGAUGGUAUUGAAGAACUGCAGGAUGUAGAGUUCCACACUGUCCACGGAGCUAACAUCGAGCUGUCGGAGGACAAGAGAACGGCUCGGCGGCUAGGAGACAUCAGCAAAGCCAUCGUCUUCACCUCCAAACCGUUCCGCGCCAACAAGCGCGUGGCAGUGGAGUUCACCGACUGUGAGCCCGACACCAAGUGCGCGGCGAUGUUCGGAGUCACCACGGAGAACCCCCUCUUCUGGAAGCCGGCGGAACUGCCGCUAUUCGGGACUGACCUGGCAAAGAAGGACGGCUACUGGCUGGAGCCACUGGGGGAGGAUGUCGCCACCGAGGGGAGCGUGCUGAACUUUCACGUAGACAGCGGCGGAUCCUUGGUGUACUCUCUGUUUAGCGCUGAUGGAGAGGAAACCAUGAAGGAAGUCGAGGUCUUCAGCGACAUACCGACGGAUAAACCACUGUGGGCGAUCCUCGAUCUGUUCGGUUCCACAAAAGCUGUCAAAUUUGUCAAUAGAGAAACUGACGACGAUGAAACUGGAGAGCCAGGAAUAGGCUCUACUUUUCAACUGCCGGGCACCGGUUUCACUUCAUCAAUGGGCUCCGACUUCCAACUGCCAACAGGCACCAGUUUCCAACCACCAACGGGUACCAGUUUCCAACCACCAAUGGGUACCAGUUUCAACUUCAAGCGACCAAUGAGCGAUGGAAACCAGUCACCAAUAGGAAGUGAUCCUGGACCGUUCAGCUUUGAACCAACCACAUACACCACUCCAUCGACAACCGACGAAUUCGAUCUUGACUAAACGUCAAGCCAUUGAUCGAUAGCUGUAAAAAAAAGACGUUACAUAAUAAUGCAAUCCAGGAAUGAAUGUCUUCAUUCGUCAUUGGUUUUACAAUUAGGAUUGUGAGAUAUUUCAAGAAUUUUUUUGGAGACCAAACAUGAGCUGCUCAAUUUAUGAAUA